GUGACAUAGUCAGUAUGACCAGUCAUCGUUUCGCGUCAUUAUCGUUGUAGCCAUCGCGUGAUCCAAAUGACCGGCAGUGAGUGACAACUGCGACUCUGGUACUUCUGGUACUCUUUCUCAGUUCGGAGCUAGAAUUGGUUCGGUGUGUAAUUCGAUUUUUGAAGGAGAAAACGAGUCGCGAGUCGCCGCGGCAUCAACAGCAAGCAGUCAUUAAACGUCAUCGGCUAAGUGCGCUCCGAUUUAAGGUGACACUUCUAAAAGUGUUUUUAUUGCGGAGAGGAUUCGCACUCUUAUCGGGAGUAUCGCGUGAAUAAACAAAGAAGAGUGAUACCGCACCUCAAAAGAGUAAAUAGAAAGAAGAAAUAUUGCAUUCUCUGUCGUUUGUUCAGUAUCGAGGAGGAAAUAUGUCGACGGAGGAAAAGUUCAACGCCGCCGUAAAUGUCAUCAGGAAUUUGCCGAAAAAUGGAGCAUAUCAACCUAGCAACGAGAUUAUGCUGCGUUUUUAUUCGUACUACAAACAAGCGACUGAAGGGCCCUGUCAGCAAGCUAAACCCGCAUUCUGGGAGGUAGUCAAGAAAGCGAAAUGGGACGCAUGGUCGCGUCUUGGCAAUAUGAGUCGUAUGGAAGCCAUGAACAAUUAUGUGGAGGAACUAACAAAAAUUGUCGAAACUAUGUCUUAUACGGAUAAUGUGGCAACGUUCCUCGGCAGUUUGGAUUCAUUUUACGAAAGUAUACCAGCUGAAGAUUUGGAAUUACUUGUGGGACCAGUAUUAGAGCGUAUACGCUCCCAACCAGGAUCACCAUUGUCUGGCUCACCAUUAAUGUCUAGAGAAACAUCACCUCAUAGAGUUUGCAGUACUUCUCGACACAUAACGAGUAGUUUGGAAACCAGUCCGACCAGCAGUCGCACUGCAAGCCCACUGCCACAAGACACUGAUGGCGAAGAAGAAGAAUUUAUAGAUACUGUUGAGUCAGCACCAGAAAAAAUGCAAAAAGAUGCAUCUAAGCUCACUGCUCCUUCUCAAAAGGUACAAAUUGCGGCAAAUAACGGAGUAGAUCAUUCAAAUACAGAGAAUAUUAUAAAAGAGAACACUGAAUUGACAAAUAAAUACAACAGUGUUAAUGGUCACGCGGAGAAGAUACAGGAGAACCAUCGAGAGAGAAGUAGACAGAGAACGAAAAAAGAUGAUAGUAAAGUCAACGCCGAAUUUCUAAAUCAAAUUGCAACGACCAUGCAGCAUUUACAGAGAGAUCUGGACCGAAUAACGGCUAGAGUCCGGAGCUUGGAAGGACAAGCUCUGCAAGCGAUGGCACCACAGACUGAAAACACCAUUAGACGCACAUAUGCAAGAUGGUGGCCGUUGCAAGAAUGUUCGCCGCGUUUGUUCGCCUUACUAAUUUUAUGGCCAUUUGUCGCUCAUCUGCUAAUCAAUUUUACGCAGCGCUAUCGCCAACGAAAACUGUGAUGCUACAGCCAUUACCUCUACACGAUUGAAAAUCUAUUUCCAUUUACCGGAUUACUAAUGUUGAGUUGUAAACAUACAUACUUUUUAAUUUUAUAUUUUUUAUAGAAGUAAAGAAUGCUCUCCUAAUGCAAUCUACGAUUACAUUAGUAAACGUGAAUUGUGAUAAAACUUGAUCAGUCUCUAUAUAUUUUUGCAUAUGUACGGCCUGUUUCGAAAGUUGCAGUUUUCUUAUAUAUAAAUAUGUAUAUGUGUGUAUAUAUAUAUAUAUAUAUAUACAUAUAUACAUAUAUACAUAUAUAUACAUAUACAUACAUACAUAUAUAUAUAUAUUUUUUUUUUUUUUUUCCAAUCAAUAUUAUGUCGAUCAAUCCUCAACAAAAGCGUCAUUCAAAAGCCAUUUUGAUCUACAACUUAUACUAAUAAGAAAGUAUGACAUUCUAUUAAAUUAAAAUUCAAUAGCUCAAUUUGCUAAUAUCACACAUUUUUAUAAACAAAUAAUAAUGUAAAAUACAUACAAAAAAAAUUUUUAUUUUGUAGAUAUUUUAUUGUUUAUUUAAAUUUGUAUUGAUUCAUAAUAUAUCUAUAGCAAUUUAUUACAAUUCUUUAUAAUUACUAUUGUUCAAAAAAUAUGUGAACAAGAUAUAGAGAUAACUUAUUUUUUUGUGUUAGUUUACUUUUUAAUGUUUAUACUUUAGAAAGCAAUAGGCAAUUUUCGUUAUACCUUAAAAUAAAAAAACAAAUAUAUAUAGUUCAAUGGUUUCUAAGGUGGAUUGUAUGUAUUAUAAAUAGCUGUAUAUUCAUAAAUUGUAAUAUAUGCAAGGAAAGCAAAUCCUUUUGUAUAUAUGUAAGAGCAUAUAUAGUUAUAUAAUAGUAAUAUAUAUUAAUAUAUGCAUUUUAUAUGUAAUGCAAAUGUUUAAGAAUAUGGGGUUUUUAAAGUAUAUAUUGGCGUUAUGGCCACAACAUCAUCAUUAAUAAAUAAUACUUUUACGAUCAAAGGAGCAUUUAUACGUAUCAAACAAUUGUGGUGGAUAUUAUGUACAUAUGUGCAAAAUGUAUAUGAACAAAUAUACAAGUUUUUAAUUAUUAUUGCUUAAA